AUGGAGAACGUUGCGCUCUGCGGGGACAAUAAUUUUGGGCCUCAGGUCAGUGACUGCCGUAGCGACUUCGACUUUACGUUACUCUUUGAGGAAUGUUUCUUUUCGAUAGUACCAUCUGUACUCCUUUUAUUGGCUCUGCCUGCUCGCUAUCGUCAUUUUUGCAAGAAGGGAACCAAGGAAGUCGCUAAAAAUUCCAUUUAUUGGGCCAAGCUACUCUUUGCCCUAGCAUUUGGGUUAUCGCAACUAUCGUUAGUCGUCAUUUGGGCAUUGCCUCAUACUCCACGAACACGAGCCUCACUUGCAGCAGCUGUGGUAGCGUUUAUAGCAUAUUCUGGCUUGCAACUACUAUCACAUCUGGAGCAUCUGUACUCCAUCGAGCCCUCCCUCUUGUUGAACCUCUUUUUGUCGGUAUCAUUGCUGUUCGAUAUUGCACGUAUACGAACGCUAUGGCUUGCGCAUUAUACGACAAUAGCUACAGUAUACACAAUCAGUAGCUUGUUGAAGCUCGUCUGGUUUUAUCUGGAAUCAAAGACUAAACAGGCUCACUUCCUCAACCGAACAAUACAAUAUGGGUCUGAAGAGAUUCAUGGCCUAUACAGUCGUUCCUUUUUUUGGUGGAUCAAUCAACUUUUCCUCUUGGGAUUCAACAGAGACUUAACAGUGGAAAAUCUACCACAUCUGGAUCAAGCUCUAUCAUCCAAUAUUGUACAUCAUGCUGUACAAAGUCUAUGGGGUCGAGCCCCUAAAUCAAGUCGAAAUAUAUUAGCAUGGUGCAUUUUCUGUGCUUUUAAAUCGUCCGUGUUAUACUCCUUUAUGGCCCGACUGGCUUUAAUUGGCCUCAAUUAUUCUCAACCAUUUCUGAUAUCGCGGUUGAUCAAUUAUGUUGGAGACAAGAAUUCAAAUAGAAAUGAUGGAUAUGGGUUAAUCGGAGGAUUUGCCCUUGUUUUUAUCCUCAAAGCGGUUUUUAACGGCCUCUAUCAACACCAUAAUUUUCGUUUCAUCACCCAAAUACGCGGCGCAAUAGUAUCAAUGAUCUAUGAGAAGACGUUAGAAGUACGGUAUAAGACAGAUAGCAAUCUUCCAGCAGCAACAUUGAUGGGGAACGAAGUGGAUAAUAUCUCGAUAGGGAUCCAAAAUGCUCAUGAGACAUGGGCAAGUCCGAUUGAGCUAGGUAUUGCUAUUUACCUCUUGGAAAUAGAAGUUCAUUGGGCAGCUGCUAUCCCGGCAGCUAUCUCAUUGGCAGUUUUCUAUAUGACUGGUCUUAUCUCAAGGACAUUUCCCAAACGACAGGCGGCAUGGAUGAAGGGAGUCCAUCAACGAGUUGCUUUUACGUCAAACUAUUUAAACAUAAUCAAGGUCGUAAAGAUGCUUGGUCUUUUAGAACGAAUUUCAGCAAUUGUGCAGGAGCUUCGGGUUCACGAGCUGGACCUUCAGAAGAAAUUCAGGCAUUCAAUGAUUAUGAUGAAUCUAGUAGGUCAGUCAUUAUAUAGCGUGAAGAUCUGCAACUCAAGUACAAGUCAUUUCAUACUAACCACAAUCAUAUCUGGAAUAUCAUCAAACCUAACUCCUGUUAUCACGCUCAGUGUCUAUACUGGAGCCGCAUUCUGUACAGGUCGAAACCCUCUCACAGUAGCCCAAACUUUCAUGGCCCUCUCUAUCAUCUUGUUGGCUAGUACUCCAUUAUCGAAUCUCGUUUACUCUGCCCCGAGGGUUGUUGGGGCUGUGGAGUGCUUUCAAAGAAUCCAAGAAUAUCUUUUAGAAACUCCACGACAUGACUACAGAAGAAGCGGAGAGUCUCACCACAUCUCUCAUGAUACAUUGGAAACAAUGCUGAGCAGUGAGGGAUUUGAAUUAUCAGAAAUGGCAAAAAUAAAAAUUCAGCAAGGUAGAAAGUCAACUCUUCGCCAAGCUAGCCAAACGACAGACGUUGUUGUCAUUCAGGAAGCCGAUUUCAGUUGGAAUCUUACCCAAGCGAUCCUAUCAAAAAUAAGCAUCAAACUCCCUCGUGGGUCGUUUACAAUGGUUAUCGGGCCUGUGGGUUCAGGAAAGAGCACGCUGUUACAAGCCAUUUUAGGCGAGCUUUACUGUACAAAGGGCUAUAUACAGAUACAACCAUCGCUGACAGUCAGCGUCUGUGACACCAAUCCUUGGAUUCGGCACAAGACUAUUUGUGAAACCAUUCUUGGAUCUCUCAAUUACGACGAGAUAUGGUACCAGACAGUAAUUCAGGCAUGUGCUCUAGAAGCUGACAUAAAAACUUUCCCGCAGGGCCAUUUCACUCCUCUUGGGAGCAAUGGGAUCGCCAUUAGCGGCGGCCAGCGCCAAAGAAUCGCUAUAGCCCGUGCGGUAUAUUCCCGUGCACAACUAGCCCUCUUUGAUGAUGUUUUGAGUGCUUUGGAUGCUAGAACAUAUGAACAUGUCUCUACAAAUGUCUUCGGGAUCCAAGGGCUCUUACGUCGGAAUGGAGUGACGGUUGUUUUUGUGGCGCAUGCCCUGGAUCUCAAUUCCGCUGAUCAAAUUGUUGUUCUCGAAGAGGGGAUGAUAUCACAACACAGUCAUCCUCGAGAGAUUGUGGCAAAUAAGAACUCGUUGUUGGCUGGAGAUACAUCUUCUCAAAUCGAUCUAAAUACGAUAUCCGGCUCGACAGUUGACCGUCAAUCCAGGAGUCUCCCGGAAUCUCAGGCGAUCGGAGAUAUAGCAGACAGAAAGCUGGGUGAUUGGACUAAUUACAAGUACUAUCUCGAGGCUGCAGGAGGAAACAACGUGCUUCUUUGCUUUUUUUGUCUCUUUCUUGGGGCAUUUUGCUCUCAAUUUCCAAGUCUGUGGGUUCAAUGGUGGGCGGACGACAACGCUCGCUCACUGUUCCGACAUUUAGCAACAUACAUCUCCGUCUAUUUCGUUCUGGCUAUUAUGGGAUCAGUGCUAUGGGCUUUAUGCAUGUGGCUUAUCUUCUGCAGCAUUGUUCCCAAGUCUUCAAGCCUAUUUCAUGAACACUUAGUUACCAAGGUCAAGGACGCCCCACUAUCUUUCCUAACGUCAACUCAUAAUGGCAUUAUCCUUAAUCGAUUCAGUCAGGAUAUGACCUUGGUAGACAGAUCACUACCAGCGGACUUUCUCAAGACUACUAAUAAUUUCAUGCAGUGCCUGAUGAGCGCUCUAUUUAUUUCAGUUAAAGCAAAAUACUUUGCUCCUCUUAUUGCUAUUGCUGGAUUUGUUGUAUACUUGAUCCAGAAAUUCUAUCUCCGCACCUCACGACAGUUGCGUCAACUUGAUUUAGAGACCAAAUCCUCUCUUUAUACCCAGUUUACAGAAACCAUAAUUGGUCUUACCACUAUCCGUGCCUUUGGCUGGCAGUGA